AUGGAAUAUCCACCAUGGGAUGACGAUUUCGAAGAGCAGCAACUCGCAUGGCAGCCAGGGUGCACGGUAACGCUGAUGCAGCCAGAUAUUGUACUCAAACGUGGCGCCAAAGUUCGACCCAACGAGGAGACGGCAAUGCGCCUUGCCAAUGAGUACGCACCAGGCAUACCCAUCCCAAAGAUCUACAUGACGUCGUACAAGACUGGAAACGGGCCUAUUGGCUAUGGAGAGCUAUACAUGAGUACGCUUCCAGGUAUCAGCUUGCAUUCGGUCUGGGCGGGAUUCGAUGAUGCAACCAAGUUACGAAUAUGUCGAGACCUGAUGGCUCUCCCUGUCUUGACCCUCUGGUCGGCAGCUAUUCUGACAUUGCGCCCUCUUCUUUCGAUGAUCAGGCACUUCGAGCUCGCAUAUAUGAAACGUUAUGUUGCGAACAACGGCCUAUCAUAUCGCGACCCUCCUGACCUUCGAGACUUGCUGCCGCGGUCCGACAUAUCCGUCUUCACUCAUGGCGAUAUUGGCCCCCGCAACAUCCUGGUCGAUGAAGCCGGGCAUAUAUCAGGCCUACUGGACUGGGAGUCCUCCGGAUGGUUCCCGGACUACUGGGAAAUGGCUCAGAUAAUUAGGCAUGGCCAUGGGGUAGAGCAUGACUGGCCUCACUGGAUGACCAUUGCUAGCCAAGAACAAUGGGAUCUCACCGGAAUUCAAAAGGCGCGAAGAGUUCUUUUCUGA